CUGUGAACUGGUUUACUAUGCUGCUAUCCUCAUAACAACACAUUCGGAAAUAUUAAGCCUAAUAACAGUAUUUAAGAAAAAGCGGAAAAAAGGCAAGCGUUUGCCUUCGGUUUACUUCAUCUUGUUUACAAGGAUAACUCCAUAUACUACAGGAAAGACAGCCUAAUGACUUGGUCUAGUGGAUGCCAGCGACAUUAUGGAUUUGACUAAAAUGGGUAUGAUCCAACUCCAGAACCCCAGCCACCCCACAGCGCUCCUCCAGAAGGCAAACCAGAUGCGACUGGCAGGGACUCUCUGUGAUGUGGUUAUUCUAGUUGACAGCCAUGAGUUUCAUGCCCAUCGGACAGUGCUAGCUUGUACUAGCAAGAUGUUUGAGAUACUGUUUCACCGCAACAGCCACAAUUACACUUUGGACUUUCUGUCACCAAAGACCUUCCAGCAGAUUCUGGAAUAUGCAUAUACCUCCACACUCCAAGCCAAAGUGGAGGACUUAGAUGAUCUGCUAUAUGCAGCAGAGAUCCUAGAGAUAGAAUAUUUAGAAGAACAAUGCCUGAAGAUUUUGGAAACCAUCCAGGCAUCUGAUGAGAAUGACACAGAAGUCAGCAUGGCGGAAGGAGGAACAGAUGAGGAUGAAGAUCGAAAGGCCAGGUACAUCAAAAGCAUGCUUAUGUCUAAGAAACAUUCCACGGAGGACAGUGGAUACACUAGUGUAAACCAGCAAGGGCUAGCCACAGUUACUAUGGUAGAUCAGAGUCCUUCUGUGUCAACGUCGUUUGGACUUGCCACCAUGAGCCCAACUAAGGCUGCAGUGGACAGUCUCAUGAGUAUUGGGCAGUCACUUCUGCAGAGCUCCCUUCAGCAACCUCCUUCAGAGGAACUGAUUUCUUUAAAUUCACGGCUUCCAAUGGUGUCCGAGAUAAAGACUGAAAUGAUGCAAGUGGAUGACGCGUCUAGUCAAGAGAGUCCUAGAACUGCUGAGUCCAGCUCCUCAUCUGGGGAAAAGAGCUCAGACUCGGACAAAAAUAAAGAUGGUCCUGGAACUCCAACACGCAGCAGUGUCAUCACAAGCGCUCGUGAAUUGCACUAUGUACGCGAAGAAAGUGUUAAUGAUCAACAAGGGGAAGGAGCCACAAUGGGACUGGAUAGUGUGACUUCUUUUAGUGAGAAGCACCUCACAUCUUUAUACUCGGUGCCAGCCAACCAUAAAAAUGAAACUCUACUUGCAGUUCCAGUCUCAAUGGCAUCUGCCUUGCAUUUACAGCCCACUUUAGCGAUGUCAAUGGACUUAAGUGCAUAUGGAGGGCUGUUACCCCAGAGUUUCAUUCAGAGGGAAUUCUUCAACAAGUUGGGGGAACUUGCAUCUGGGAAGAAGCCUGACGCCAAAAGCCAGAAUGAGAGGUGUAAUGUAUGUGGGGCAGAGUUGCCAGACAACGAGGCAGUAGAGCAACACAGGAAGCUGCACAGUGGAAUGAAGACUUAUGGCUGUGAGCUCUGUGGAAAGCGGUUCCUCGACAGUUUACGACUGAGAAUGCAUUUGCUAUCACACUCAGCUGGUGCAAAGGCAUUUGUUUGUGAUCAGUGUGGAGCCCAGUUCUCAAAAGAAGACGCUCUGGAUUCCCACAGACGCACACAUACAGGUUCUGACAUGGCUAUCUUCUGCUUAUUAUGUGGUAAGCGUUUCCAGACUCAGACUGCUUUGCAGCAGCAUAUGGAAGUCCAUGCUGGUGUCCGCAGUUAUAUCUGCAGUGAGUGCAAUCGCACCUUUCCAAGUCACACUGCUUUGAAGCGCCACCUCCGUUCACAUACAGGUGACCACCCAUUUGAAUGCGAGUUCUGUGGGAGCUGUUUUCGGGAUGAAAGCACCCUGAAGGGGCACAAACGGAUUCACACUGGAGAGAAGCCAUAUGAGUGCAAUGGCUGUGGCAAGAAAUUCAGCCUUAAGCACCAACUGGAGACCCACUAUCGUGUUCAUACAGGAGAAAAGCCGUUUGAGUGCAAGCUGUGCCACCAGCGGUCCCGUGACUACUCUGCCAUGAUCAAGCAUCUGCGGACUCACAAUGGAGCAUCUCCUUACCAGUGUACGAUCUGCCUAGAAUACUGCCCAAGCCUGUCUGCCAUGCAGAAGCACAUGAAGAGUCACAAGCCAGAAGAUAUCCCUCCUGACUGGAGAAUAGAGAAGACCUACCUGUAUCUCUGUUAUGUCUGAGUGCAAACACACAAAGGGGAGAUAAAGAGCAAAAUUCUCUAACAGUAAAUGUGAAAGGGCUGGACGAGGGAAUAAAAAAAAGGAAAGCCAGGGGCAGAUCAGUUCAAAGCAGAUGAGUAAGCUUGGUUUAUAGCCAACACUUUCCAUUUUUUGAAGAAGUAUGAACAAACAUUUCAAAAUAGUCAAGAAAUUUAAAACUCCCUAAUCCUCCCAUAUUCAUGCUUUGAGGUAAAUUUAGUAUAGCUGUAAGUCUCCAUUCUGAAAUAUGCAUUAAGUGAUUCAUGAAAGGGCCUCAUCAGUUAAAGCAAAAUGCAUCUCUUCUUGUCUGUAGCACUGAUACCAGUUAGCAUCUUCCUAGCAGAGUUUGCUUAGUUUCUUUCUUGUCAGACUUGCAAGAGGUGCAACUGGGAGCCUUUUUUCCCGUCCAGGGCUUAUUUUGAAUAAAGCUCCAUUUUCAAAGAAACCAAGUUCUGGUUAAAAAAAAGGAAAAGAAAAGGCUUAGUUUUAAAACGCCUUUUGUUUUAAAUGGACUUGUCUCUCUCUAUCUAUUUCUCUAGUCAGAUGUUCAUACAUUUGAGGUGUUUGUUGCUGUUCUGCACUGGUGACAUGGAAACACAGAGCACUUAAAUUCCCCAAAACUUAUGGCUACAGUAUGUGGAAAGUUGGGAACUCUGAAAUGUUCUUUACUAAAAGCAUACAUUUUGCUUCUGUAGGACCUGAAGCUUCAGGUGUAUAAACAAAAUUGUCUGUUUUGUCAAGCGGCCAUUUUUUUAAAGGGCUUAUGUCAAACUGUAUCUUUACAGAAUGAAAAUGUGUUGAUGGAAAGCUCUCCAUUGCUGUUAAAUACCAUUGAUACACCAUACAUCAGGGUGCAGUGACCUGUGGGUGCAGCUUCUUCUAGUUUGGGGAAGUUCUCUUAGAAAAAGAAAUUCAUUACAUGUUUUUUUUUAAAAAAAAAAAAAAAAAGAAGACGUUAUGUCUGCUUUUGUAAAUGGACUUUUUCUUCUUCUGUGUUUAACUGUUGUAUCAGCUGCCUGAAAACUGAACGCACCAGACCGGCUUUGGCUUUCAUUUUGGCCUGUUGUGAUAUAUAUAAAGAUUUUUUUUUCUAUUAAUCUGACCCAUGGGGAGUUUUCAAUUAUCUGGAUUAUUAAAAAAACUGUCCAUAUUCAACAGAAUAUCAUGAAUCAGUAAUAUUUGUAUUCUAAGAAGUGUUCAUGCCAGUUAUAGUAGUGACCAAAAUGUGUGGUGUUAACUGUUAGCCCUUUACAGACUUCAACAAUGUGGUAUUUGGUUUGAUUUUUUUUUUUCUUCAUAAUAAUGCUCUUCAUAUAUCAAAAUAUCAUGCUUGAGCUAUUUAAGCCUGCCCUCACUGGGAGUUUAAAAUAAAAAAACAAGUUAAUUACAA